AUGCGCGAUGACUUCUCAAUAUCGCAGCUGGCCAUCCCAGCGGUCAGCGUGCUGAUCAGCUUUCUCGCUUACUCAUCCCAGUACUUCUUUCUGCGGUUCGAGGAUGCACCACUCCGGAGAGAUGAAGUCUGGAAAAUCAACAUCUUCGCUUUAUGCAUUUGGAUAUGCUACUUUCGAGCUUGCUAUGUAGACCCUGGUCGGCUACCUUCAGAUCAAAAUUCAGCAAAUCCCGACAAGCAGGAGAAGGAGCCUGCCACGGGUCGGCAGCGAUGGUGCCGUAGAUUUGGCAUGUCUUACCUCGAGACCCUUCUCUGGAGCCGUGCGUCUAUUGUCUGGGGUAACCGAAACCUACCCAGUUAUAUGGGUCCCUCUAUUGUGCAACUAGGACAUCUAUUUAUUUUGUUCGUUGUCAACAGCUUGACUGUCUUCGCUCUGUUAAUUCUCCUUGUGCGAAGCUUGUAUUCGCUUAUCUUCAAUAUGACCACCAUUGAAUCCUGGGAGAUAGAACGACACGAUACACUCGUCCGACGAGCCCGUGUUCUUGGUGGUCAUCUCGACGGACCAGGUGGGAUAAAAGUCCGAAUCAAGAAGCAUGAGUUUCCGUAUGAUAUUGGAAUUUGGACCAACAUCAAAGAGGGAAUGGGAGGAAGCGCAAACAUUCUCAGCUGGUUUUGGCCAUUAGCAGCUACCCCUGACCGUCGCACUGGGUGGGAGUUUGAAACGAAUGGCUUUGAGGAUCCUGGAUCCUCAUGGCCACCGCCUGAUCCAGAUCGUAUUCCUUGGCCAGUAAGCCGACCAGAUCCUAAUGACUUCCCAUUACAAUCAUAUUCAUCUGCCCGAGAUACCCUUGAGGCAUUCAGACAGCGCCAGGCAGAAGAUAUCGAUCGCCGCAGGCCAUAUUCUGAAGUUCAACGACGCAAGCGAUUCCACGAUCGAUUCGAAAAGGAAGCCUAUGAGAGUGAUGAAGACCGAGGACCUGGACCAGUCUAUGGCGAUGACUCUGAUGAAGGCGAGGAGUCCUGGCGGAAUGCCGAAGGAGAGCGACUCCGUGACUUUGGCGUUGACGAGGACGUGGAAUUCUAUGAUGAGGACGAUGUACCUUUGGCUGUGCUUAUGCAGCGACGAAAGCAGCGUUAA